GGCGCCGUAGAUUAGUGGUUAUAGCUCUCGUACUCUGUGCGGGAGACCGGAGUUCGAUUCCUCUUGACGGCGAUUCAACAUGGGCGAGUGAAUGUUACCAUAGCCCCGGGUUAACCCAAGCCAUGUGAGGGAAAUUGGGAAGAUGGCACACUGUGUGGGCCGUUGGAUGUUGCCGGGAGUUGUCUAGUAGAGCGCGGGCUCUAAUUGGGUCUGCGUAGCUUAAAAUGAGCAUUAAAUACUCUAGGACUCUCCAUCUACGCCAUGGCCCCUCCUGGAAAUAAUAGACAGGGUAUAUCCCUCGAUAUUUGUGAGGCUAGCCAUGUAAAAUAUGCACAUCUAUCUAUCUAUCUAUCUAUGUUUCUUUAAAUUAUUUGGUACCAAGACUGCUUUUUUCCAGCUAUUUCUUGGUUCAUCAGGGAUAUAUCAAUUGGAAAAAAACACUGUGUGUUGUUAUUACUGUAUCAUAAUUUGCACUUAUAUAUCUUAUUCUAGUGAAUGUAAAUUAUGCUGAAAAAAUCAGGGAAAGUUUUCCCAAAUCCUGUUAAUCAUCAAAACGAAGGUAUUAAGAAUAGAUAUUAUACUCAUAUUGAUGACAUUGCAAUGUCUGAAUACAAAGAAGAUAAACGCAAGAAAUCUAAAAGUUUAGAAGAGUGGAAUUCAAUUUUCUCUCAAAUAAAAACUGUGUCCAAAUGGCGAAAUUUCAUAACAAAAAGAAGGUGCCAAACUAUAAAGUUGAAUGCUCAAAAAAUGAAUAACCAACAGUUUUACGAGAAUUUAAAUUCAACAUUAAAUGGAAUAGCUUCGGAAGAGGAGGACUCUGAUGAAGAUGAGGACGUUAGCCAUAUUAGAAGGCAAACUUUUGAACACAGAAAUUUGUCAAAGUCGAGCAAUAAAGCAUUAUUGAUAUAUUUUUCCAAAUUGGCUCGUAGUAAGAACGAAUCAGAUGAGUUAGAUUUAGAUUUUAUAGAAAGUUUAUUAACCAAUGGAGCUGAUAUAAACAUGGCAGACAAGUAUGGCCAAACUAUUUUCCAUGAAGUAGCUCGAACAUGGCACAUUGAUGUUGGUACCUUUUUGUUAGCACAUAAUGGUAAUAUUAAUCAAACAGACAAAUAUGGAAGGACUCCAUUGCACAUUGCUGCAGCAGUCAAUUACCCUCAAAUGGUUAAAUUCUUAAUAGAUAAUGGAGCUAAUGAAAAGGCAAGAACAUAUGGAGAAGACCAAACACCUGUCCAUUAUGCUGCAAAAAAUGAUGCAGUAGAUUCACUGCGCAUGUUAUGGAAACUCAAUUGUGACAUGGAAGUACGUGAUAGUAAAAGUCGAACUCCAUUGCAGGUUGCAGCUGAGUUAGAUCGUUCAGAAACUGCUUUGUUCCUGGUGGAGAUCAAUGUUGAUGUGGGUGUUGUUGACAGCAGUGGCUUAUCUGCCCUUACUUUAAUGGUGGAUAAAAUGCCACCAGUUGCAAAGAAAGCACUUAGUUGCUUUCACAAAACUGACAGACCCAACAGAAAGCAGUACUUCUACUUAAAUUUGUUAGAACCAACACAACCUGGAAAUAGUUCUGUUCUUGCCAAGACACCAAUGCAGGCUGUUCUGCAAAAUAAACAAAUGAAUUUGCUGUUACAUCCAGUGUUUCGACAGCUGUUAACAGUCAAGUGGAAUAGUUUUGCACGUAUGCGUCACUUUGCACAGUUAUUGAUCCAACUUUUAUUUAUCUUAAUUUGGUCAGCGGUUGGUUUGACGUUACCUUAUGAUGGUACAUCAGAGUAUACGAAGGGAGAUUUAAAAGACAAAUGGUGGAGAGUGUUGCUGGAGUCGUCGGCUGUGUUGCUGACUUUGUAUUUUAUUGCACAGGAGAUUUACGAAUGGAGGUGUUCUGUGCGACAGCAUCACAGGUGGGGAGAGUGGAGAAGUGCUGAAAUGCAGAAGGACCUUAAAUACUGCCAUCCGAGGUGGCCUGAAGAAAAAAAAUACAUUCUUCAAGAACUUGAUCGUAUCAAGGAAUCGGAAGUCAGAUAUUUCGCCGACAUGUGGAACAUGUUAGAUUGGGUCACUUACAUUUGGAUCGUCACUGGUAUUGUCGCACGCAUUUUUGCGUUGACGGGUGACGCCAGAGCGAGUGGACACCACAAGAAGAUACUAGCGACUUCAUUGAUCGUCAUUUGGUUACGUCUUAUGAAGAUAAUUCGCGCCUACCAAGCGUUGGGUCCCUUUAUUGUCAUGCUGGGGAAUAUCUUGGAAGACACGUUGAAGUUUUGUUUUUUAUUUAUGGAGUUCUUCAUACCAUACCUCAUGGCGUUUUGGAUGUUGUUUGGUGGAAAAGACCACGCAUCAAAAAUGGUAGCUCGUGGUCAGUCGUCCUCUGGUUGGAAGGAAGUCAAUGACUUGAUAUAUUCCGUCUGGUUAGUAACCGUGGUUGGAGACUACGACUAUCCAGCCUUAAUAACGAUAGAUAAAGUCAUGGCUCAAGUCCUCAUCGGAUCUUACACAGCUUUGUCUGGCAUCUUACUUUUAAAUUUAUUUAUCGCCUUGAUGUCUGAUACGUUUCAGCGAGUGUACGACAACGCUAAAGCCAACGCACUUAUGCAAAGAGCUAUAGCCAUCGAUACCUAUCAAAUCGGGCUCUCGAGGAAAACCAGAGACCGGUUCCGUAUGUUUAUACAAGGCCAGUGCGCUCCACAGCAAGUAUAUUACGAUGAUGACGAUAAUGACGAAAGUGGCGAGCUUGAAAAAAUGACCAUACAAAUUAAAGAAGUUGUGGACGAAAUAAAAGAAAAUUUGGACGAACGGUGGAGUGCCAUGGAGGGUAACAAUAAUGGCGGCAAUAACCACAAUAACACGGGAAGUAGUGUUUCUUUAGGCGACGAAUUCAACGAGCGAUUGAAGGGAGCGUUGAGUAAACACGAGAAGGAUAUGAAGUCGAUGCAUAAAAAAAUAGACGAGUUAACUAAUUUAGUUCAGUAUUUGGUAAAUAAAGACAAAAUUGCAGACCAAGAUGAAGUAGAUGGUGCUAAUAAAUUCACUACUUUACCAUCCAUAUUCGACUUAAAGCCCGAAAUGUUUACACGGUCUGUAGAUUAUCGUAUUUCCCCGUCGACACGCCAAAACGACGACACUGACGACACUGAUGUUUCGUAACAUUAACUUAGUUUUAGAAAUCGAAUUUAUUUCUCAAUUUUAGGUUUUUAGGAUUCGUGACCCUGGUUUAAUAAUAACCGUAUUCCGUCUGUCUGUUCGCGAGAGCCGCGUCCCGUAACGGAAACACGAAAUUUUUAAAAUGCGCACCAAUACCAAAUGCGAUAUAUUUUUGUCCACGUUGUUGCGAUGGGUAAACAUAAAGGACGGGCGACCCCGUGGAUUUUUCCACGGGUUAACGACUAGUCUAUAUUAUAAUACCCGUAUACGACUGUCUGUCCGUCACGCAAAAUAAUAGCUUUGCUGCGCAGGUAGCGAGACGCACGCAAUCCGGUAUAAAAAGGACGGGCAAAGCCGUGGAUUUUCCACGGGCUAACAACUAGUAUUAAUAUAUUUUGUUAUUUUAUUUUGUAUAUAUAUUUAUAAUUUUUAACAAACUAAUAUAUUUUGAAUUCACAAUACAUUGAGAA